AUGACCAUGGCGAAACAAAAGAUUGUCAUGAAAUAUGGCGGAACCUCUGUUGGCAAGUUCCCAGAAAACAUUAAAGACAUCGUCGAGUCGUACUCCAAGCACUACAGUCCAGUUGUUGUGUGUUCUGCUCGAAGUACUGAUACUAAAGCAGAAGGUACUACAACCAGAUUGUUGACUGCUGCAGACGAGGCUCUCACAAAGGGAGAUUAUAUCAGCAUCAUUGAAGCCAUUAGAGACGACCAUGUGAAUACGUCCAAGGACAAGAUCCGUAACAAUAGUGCUCUAUUGGACGAGUUGCUGGCAGCUAUCAACAAAGAGUGUGAUUUGCUCGAGAAGUUUCUCAGUGCAUCUCAAGUGAUUGACGAGAUCAGUCCUCGUACACUGGAUUCCAUCAUGUCUGUGGGAGAAAAGCUCAGUUGCAUGUUCAUGGCUGCUGUCAUGAACGAUCAUGGACUGCCUGCUCACUAUGUUGAUCUUUCUCGGGUUAUUCCCAUUGGAUACGAUGUCAGCAAGACUGGUCUUGACAAGGAGUUCUACAGCUAUCUCACUGCCCAGCUGGUCGAGGCUAUUAAGGCUGCUGGUGAUAAGAUUCCUGUGGUGACUGGUUUUUUCGGUGUUGUUCCCGGUGGACUUUUGAACGGUGUGGGUAGAGGUUACACUGAUUUGUGUGCUGCUCUUAUUGCCGUUGGAUUACAAGCCGACGAGCUGCAAAUCUGGAAAGAAGUCGAUGGUAUUUUCACUGCCGACCCCAGAAAGGUUCCUACUGCUAGACUCAUUGACCGAAUCACUCCUGAAGAGGCUUCUGAGUUGACAUACUACGGUUCUGAGGUUAUCCAUCCAUUUACAAUGGAACAGGUUAUUCGUGCCCGAAUCCCUAUUCGUAUCAAGAAUGUCAUGAACCCCAAAGGUAACGGUACCAUUAUUUUCCCAGAUUUCGAGUCUCGUGCUGGAACAGAAACUCCAUUGCACCCUCCUAUUGCGGUCUCCGAGCUGAGCUCACCAUUACUGGCCGCUAUCUCGAGUCAACCGAAAAUGAAGCUACCCACCGCUGUGACUACCAAGCAAAACAUCAUUGUUCUCAAUGUUCACUCGAACAAAAAGAACCAAUCGCAUGGAUUCUUGGCCCGUGUGUUUGAUCUCCUUGACAAAAGAAAGCUGGUAGUCGACCUCAUCUCGACAUCCGAGGUGCAUGUGUCCAUGGCACUGCAUUCCAACCUGUCAGAAGCAUCAUUCAAAGAAGCACUUGUCGAACUGCGUAAAUACGGGUCAGUCGACGUGACCCGCAAGCUGUGUAUCGUGUCUCUUGUCGGCAAAGAAAUGAAGCAGCUCGUGGGUAUUGCCGGAAAGAUGUUCUCGACGCUCGCCGAAGCCAACAUCAACAUCGAAAUGAUCUCCCAGGGAGCCAGCGAGAUCAACAUCUCGUGCGUGGUCGACGAGACCGACGCUCUUAAAGCACUCAACGUCCUUCACCAGCGCCUUCUCGUUCCUGUCAUGACCACCUCUACCUAA